CUGUCUUUCUGGCUCCUAUCAUAUCAUUCCGCCCUAGACAGUCGCCUGCCCGAUCCAUCCAUGCUCCACUCUCUCUCCCUCCCUCCUCACUUCUCUCUCCUCCAGCCAGGCCAUUAGGCAAGGCGGUGAGUGAGUGCGAUCGGCGGCAGGGUAGGGGGCAGCGCACGGCACGGCACUGCAUUGCGGUCGCCAUGGCCGAUCCGCCGCUCAAGCACCACCAGCAGCAGCCACCUCCACCACAGCGCCCCAGCCCCAGGCUGAGGCCCGCCAUCGAGGUGGAGGACCUCAUCAACCUCCUCCACGGCUCCGAUCCCGUCCGCGUCGAGCUCACACGCCUCGAGAACGAGCUCCAGUAUAAAGAGAAGGAGCUGGGCGAGGCGCAGGCGGAGAUCAAGGCUCUGCGACUGUCCGACCGCGCGCGCGAGAAGGCCGUCCAGGAUCUUACGGAAGAGUUGGCAAAGGUGGAUGGGAAGUUAAAACUUACAGAGUCUCUCCUUGAAAGCAAAAACCUCGAAGCAAAGAAGAUCAAUGAUGAAAAGAAAGCAGCACUUGCCGCGCAGUUUGCAGCAGAGGCUACACUACGAAGGGUACAUGCUGCUCAGAAGGAUGAUGACAUGCCUCCUAUCGAGGCCAUUCUCGCACCACUGGAAGCUGAGCUCAAACUGGCUCGUCAAGAGAUUGCAAAAUUACAAGAUGAUAACAGGGCAUUAGACCGUCUUACAAAGUCUAAGGAAGCAGCUCUGCUUGAAGCAGAAAGGACGGUUCAGAUAGCAUUGGCAAAAGCUUCCUUGGUGGAUGACUUGCAGAACAAAAACCAAGAAUUGAUUAAACAGAUCGAGAUAUGUCAGGAAGAGAAUAAAAUCUUGGAUAGAAUGCACCGCCAGAAAGUUGCCGAGGUUGAAAAGCUCACACAGACUGUUAGGGAGCUGGAAGAAGCUGUUCUUGCUGGCGGUGCAGCUGCGAACGCUGUGAGAGACUAUCAGCGGAAAGUUCAGGAGAUGAAUGAGGAAAUGAAAACUCUUGACCGUGAACUAGCUCGUGCAAAGGUUUCAGCAAAUAGGGUUGCAGUUGUGGUGGCAAAUGAGUGGAAAGACGGCAAUGAUAAAGUAAUGCCUGUUAAACAAUGGCUUGAGGAACGAAGGAUUCUGCAAGGAGAAAUGCAGCAACUCCGGGACAAGCUUGCUAUAGCUGAAAGGGCUGCAAGAUCGGAAGCUCAACUGAAAGAUAAGUUCCAGUUACGGCUUAAAGUACUUGAGGAAGGAUUGAGAAUGUCUACAUCCCGAGCCAAUGUCAGUGCUACACGGCGCCAGUCUAUUGGUGGUGCUGAUAGUUUAUCUAAGACCAAUGGCUUUCUGUCGAAGCAUCCAUCCUUCCAGAUGAGAUCCUCAGUAUCUACCACCACAACUCUAGUUAACCAUGCAAAAGGGGCAUCCAAAUCUUUCGAUGGAGGCUGUAGAUCACUUGGACGUUAUAAGGGCCUUGUAAAUGGGAACGGUAUGAACAUUUCUACCGAUUCCAGCGAAGAUAAGGAGUCAAACAACUCAGAUGAGAAGCCUAGUGAAUUUCCAUCGACCGAGUCAGAGGACAUGGUGUCUGGUGUGCUAUAUGAUAUGCUGCAAAAGGAGGUGAUUGCUCUAAGGAAGGCAUGCCAUGAAAAGGAUCAAAGCCUGAAAGACAAGGAUGAUGCGAUUGAGAUGUUGGCAAAGAAAGUAGAAACUUUGACAAAGGCGAUGGAAUCAGAGGCAAAGAAAACGAGGCGCGACUUCGCUGCUAUGGAAAAGGAGCUGGCAGCUAUGCGCUUGGAGAAAGAGCAGGAUAGCAAAGCAAAAAGGUUUGGUAGUUCAAGUGGUUUGGCCAACAGUUCGCAGCUCCCACCUGGCAGGACUUUACCUCGGAGUGGUUCAGCACGCAACAUGUGAUGCAAAAGGGAAACCGUGAAAGAAGCAUCCAAAGACGUUAGAUGGGUGCUAGUUUGAAUCCUUGGAUUAGGAGUGGUGACAAGGACGGACCCUCUCCUGGAGAAGAUGGCAUUGCAUUUGUUAGGACAGGAGAGGGGAGCGGUGAACCUACAUCUCAUGGGGAUCAACUACUUGUGUCUAACCAGGCCAGCUAGUGGAAGGGUGUGCUCUUGCUAGUGCAUUUUUUUCUUUCAUUUCCUUGUAAUGAGCUUUGGUGUUCUUUUUGCAAUGAUCUUUGUUGGUGUUGUAUAGGUUUGGUGAGGGGUUGCAUUCUUUUUCUGUUGAUCUCCGUUGUAUUGUAAAAUGUAUCAACUGAAGAGCUACUGGUUAUAGUUUGUCUUGAGAGUUUGUCUUGUUUUUUUUAA